AUGAGACCCAUGCAAUCGGGAGGAGUGCCGUCUCUGGAAAAUACUAAAUUCUCACUAAAUGGUGAUCAAAAGUCUUUUAAUAACUCCAGUUUAAUCUCAACUUCUGGAUGUCAUGUUCAAGAUACAGGUUCCUACAGAAAGAACGCUGUUCAUACGGAUGGUCUAAGUCCUUUUAAGUCAAUUGACGAAAACUCAAUAUGUUUGGACCAUCAGUCCAGUGACAGUUCAUACGACCGAACCUUUGACGCGGUUAAUCCACAAACUGGAGGAGUUACAAAGUUUGAAGAGGAUACUGUAAACGGUCACAACGCAAGUUCUGGAUUCCCCACAAUUUUAAAAAGCAACCCAUGCUUGCUACCAGACAUGUCACUGGAUGCUAAAACCCAUACUGGGAUGCACGAUCGUGUUAUUAAAAGUGCUAACUCUUCCAGUAGUCAUUUAUUUUACGACACAGCAGAACCUAACUUUGCAGAUCGUGACAAGCUCAAUUUGACACCAAGGACAGGUUCAAUUGAUAAUCAAGUGACAGACAAUAUCAGUUCACCCGGAUGGCACAGUUUAACGCCAAGUUUUUCUAGUACUCGGGAAAAACGCCGAUACCCGCGAAGAUAUGAUAGGAUAGGUCUAGCAUGUGACCUUACGGUUGAUGAGUUCGGAAAGCUCGAUGAUUCACCCAAUUCUAGUGUCAAUGCAACGCUGGAGCAUGGAUUUGACGACCAGACGUAUGAAUUUAGUGGGAAUCCGAAACCUGAAGAUUCUACUGACCCACCAGAUGAUGAUGAAGAUUACAAGCGUUACUGCAUAUGCCGAGAUGUGAGUUAUGGUGACAUGAUAGCAUGCGACGCCCCAGACUGCCCCUUCGAAUGGUUUCACUACGCUUGCGUGAACCUAACCGUUGCACCGAAAGGUCGAUGGUUUUGUCCUACUUGCGCUAAAUCCCUAAACAAUAAAAAAAGCAUCAAAAAAAGUUCAUCUAGGAAAUAA